AUGAAGGGUGUAUGUAAUCUAUUGCAAGAAUUGAAAGCAAUCGUUCUAAUGGUGUUUGUGCAGAUUGUAUAUGCUGCGGGCAAUGUGCUCUACAAGCUCGCCAUUAACGAUGGAAUGAGCAUCACUGUAGCCACUGUCUACCGCCUCAUUUUGGCAUCGGCUUUCACAAUCCCCAUUGCUCUUAUCUUUGAUAGGAAGAAGAGAUCAAAGAUUACUUGGAGAGUACUGUUUUUGGGAUUUCUUUGUGGAUUAUUUGGGGGAAGUUUAUUUCUAAACCUUUAUUUUGAGGGCCUGGCUUUGACUUCAACAACGUUUAUGAUGGCAAUGCUCAACCUUAAUCCAGGCAUCACCUUUAUCAUGGUCAUAUUGUUUGGAUUCGAAAAAUUAAAUUUGGGAGCAGCAGAAGGAAGGGCCAAGGUGAUGGGGACAAUAAUUGGAAUUAGUGGGGCAAUGAUUUUGACUUUUGUCAAAGGGGUAGAAAUUAAUAUUUGGUGUUCAAAAGUCAACCUCAUUCAUCCACAUAAAAGCCAAAAUGGGUGGCAUGGUGAUUUUAGUAACAAAUUUUUGGGUGUUCCAUGUGCCAUAGGAAGCUGCUGCUCUUUUUGUUUGUGGUAUAUCAUUCAGGCUAAGUUGAAUGAAGAAUACCCAAGCCAUCUCUCAAGCUCAGCUUUGAUGUCCAUAAUGGGAACAAUACAGGCCGUUGUUUUUGCUCUCUGUAUUGAAAGGGAUUGGAGCCAAUGGAAGCUGGGUUACAAUAUCACUCUUCUAACAGUGGCUUAUUCGGGAAUAAUGAAUUCUGGUAUAGUAGUCAUUGUUAUUGCCUGGUGCAUAAAGAUGAGAGGUCCUCUAUUUGCAUCUAUUUUCGGCCCACUGCAACUUUUACUGGUGGCUGUCGCUAGUUAUUUGAUGUUGAAUGAGAAGUUAUAUUUAGGAAGUUUACUUGGGGCAGCGUUGAUCGUAUGUGGCCUAUACACAGUGCUUUGGGGUAAAGGCAAAGAAAUAAAAAAGAAGACUCAUUUAGUGUCAUCAGAAACCGCCAGAGAAUCCGAAACUGUUGAGGUUGCAUGUUAUGUCCACGAGAUAUGA